AUGUCUAUAGCGGGAAUCUACAAGAUCGAGAACACGAAGUACGGCCUCAUCGGUGCCGAUGCUGGUGGCGUGACGAAGGCCCCUGUGGUCGCCACUACCAGUCCCACUACAGUGGGCAUUUUCAACGUCGUACCCGCGGGUGACGAUCGUUACUCCAUCUCUAUGAUCGCCACGAACACUUUCCUCCCGGAGCAACUGUUGACAAUGAACGACGGUAACAAAAUAUACGGUGUGAAGCAGAGCUCGACGGGUUCUAGUGCGCCCCUGAGUUGGUACAUAUACGAAGACACCGCGCAACGUGGGCAAUAUGUCAUCAUGAGCUCGGACUACAAGCUAUGGUCCCUCUCAAGCGGGAAGGCUGGGACUCAGGUCCAAUACAAGGGUCUCACCGCCAAGCAAUUGGAAAAUGUCAAACAGGUGGUGUCAGGCAAGCAAUUGUUCUCGAGGCACCUCUUAGCGGCAGACAGUAACGACACAUUGACUGAGGAGCCGAAUUGGAAGUUCACUCCAGCUACCGAGGAGCCCCCGAAGCCACUCUCGCCAGGCCGGUACACCAUCAAGGACGUCAAGAACGGUGCCAUUAACGUUGAGUGUUCUGGGAAUAACGACGCCUACCUCAAUGUUGUUAGUGCCACCCAAGCUGCAGUCUGGAACGUCACGCAGGUUGGCACGACUGGCUGGGAGUAUAACAUCAAUUUGGAUGAAACUACUGUCAGUUCGGCGGAAAAGGACAAGGGGCCCGCAAACAACCGCUCUGGGAUGCUUGCCGUCGCCCGCAACCCGGGAGUUCAAGCCGACACGUGGCUUAUUCAUCCCCUACAGCUGGCCGGCACCUACAUGGUUCUACUCGUCGACCAUAGCUACGGCCCGCUGCACUGGGCCCUGGAUAGCCACAAAGCUGGCACUCAGGUCACUGUCAACUAUGAUACGAAGGACGUCGAUCCUACUAUCUGCUUCUGGGAGUUCAGGGGAGCCUGA